AUGUCCCGACUAAGCACAGUCAUCGUGCUGCCCGUGAUUGCCCUAUUCUUUCAACAGUACUUCGCUCCGGCGUCAGCUCAGCCUCCAAACAAUAAUAAUCAGCAACCGGUCUUUAGAAAUGGGAGAAAUGGUGACUAUUAUACCUAUUCCUAUCCCAGUUAUGGAACAUUGUCAACGGAAUACGCGUCAGAGUACGAUUCGGAGGCGCCAACGCCACGGGAACAGCGCAAGCGAAUCCGACGUGGGAUGGGCGAACUAUUUCAGUACUGCAUUCAAUGGCCAUUUUGGUCAGCUCAUCUUCACCUUCCCUUCACACCUCUAGCGCCAAAUACACUGGCUGGCUGGACCAAAUUCUCUUCACCAGUUCUUCACAAACUGACACCAUUUGCGACAAAGACAGGACAAGACUCCCUGACCGACAAAAGGGCAACCCGACCAUUACAGAUUAAUCGGGAAUCCUUUCAACUCUGUGGUACAGACAGUCGACGAGGCGAGGUGAACAUGCGCCAAGACAUGCACCCGGUGGCAAAAUUCGCCGAACAAGUGCAAACUGGCCUCAGCCAUGGUCUGCUUUUCACUAUCAUCGCAUGGCUGACACGCUUCCAAAUAGUAACAUGGUAA